AUGGCUUCGAACUCGAUCAAGCUCUUGACUGGUAACAGUCACCCUGAGCUUGCAAACCUCGUGGCAGCUCGGCUUGGCAUUGAACUGACCAAGAUCAUGGUCCUCCAAUAUUCGAACCAGGAAACGAGUGUCACAAUCGGAGAGAGUGUACGAGAUGAGGAUGUUUUCAUCUUGCAGUCGACGCGGCCCAAUGAUAUCAACGAUGGACUGAUGGAGCUGCUCAUCAUGAUCAAUGCUUGCAAGACCGCCUCCGCAAGACGUAUCACGGCCGUCAUUCCCAACUUUCCCUAUGCGCGCCAAGAUAAGAAGGAUAAGAGCCGUGCUCCUAUCACUGCCAAGCUUAUGGCAAACAUGCUCCAGACUGCUGGUUGCAACCACGUCAUCACCAUGGACCUCCAUGCCAGCCAGAUCCAAGGCUUCUUCAACGUUCCCGUCGAUAACCUGUAUGCCGAGCCUAGUAUACUGAAGUGGAUUCGCGAACACCUGGAUGUGAGCAACUGUAUCAUUGUCAGUCCUGACGCUGGUGGUGCUAAGCGUGCCACUGCCAUCGCCGAUCGCCUCGAUCUCCAGUUUGCGCUCAUCCACAAGGAGCGCCCCCGCCCCAACGAGGUCUCGCGCAUGGUUCUCGUUGGUAGCGUCAAGGACAAGAUUGCUAUCAUCGUUGACGACAUGGCUGAUACCUGCGGUACUCUUGUCAAGGCCGCCGAUACUGUGAUGCAGCACGGAGCUAAGGAAGUCAACGCGAUUGUUGUCCACGGUAUCCUUUCCGGCAAGGCUACUCAGAACAUCAACAACAGCUGCUUGAGCCGUGUUGUUGUGACCAACACUGUUCCUCACGAAGACAAGAAGGAGCAGUGCGAUAAGAUCGAGACGAUCGACAUCAGCCCCACCCUUGCAGAGGCCUGCAGACGUACGCACAACGGCGAGUCUGUGAGCUUCCUGUUCUCGCACGCUGUUGCCUAA